UAUAACUUCAAGUAUUGUAUUACUUACAAAAUUUUGAAUGUGGUGUAAUGCUGAUCUGUAAUUAUCAUCAUUCCAUAACAAUGCCAUUUAGAUAAAAUAUAAAGACCAAGGAAGAAAUAUUAAUAGUGAAAAUAUAAAGAAAAUUGAAGUUGUUAAGAGUGGAAGAGUGAAGAAAUAUGAUCAUAGACUUAGUCUAUUUAUAAACAAAACAAUACUUUGAAUGACCAAUAAAAUAUUAUGCAUGCAAGGAUUAGAUUUGACAAUACACAACAAACACUUUGAAAAUACACAAUGACAUGGAUUAGAUUAGACAUAAAAGACUAGGCUAAAAACAAGCAAGUUCCCAACGUGAGAAUAAAUUCAAAUUCCAUCUAAAUCGCCUUUCUCAAAGCUUUUUCCAAGGCCGCCUUUGUGACUGGCGACUUGCAGCAGGUGUGUCAUGAGCUCGCCAUUUGGGAUGGCGACUUAUCGAAGGGGAUGUCACGAAGUCGCCUUUGGGAAAGGCGACUUGUAAGGCAAUGCAUGCAUGCACGUCUAGGCUAAAGCAAUGACAGUGCAAAAGAGUUGAAUUAUCACAAUCGGAUUCCACAAGUGUUGGCCGUAUUUUACAGCAUUGCAUGUAUCACAAUUGGUCUUCUAUAAUUGCAUGUAUUACAAUUGGUUGUCUAUAAAUAUGAUAUAUUAUUUCCAUUGCAUUUCAUCUCAAUCUCAAUAUCUGAUUUUUAUAUCAAAGGCACCAAAAAAUAUAGUUUUAUUUAUUUAUUACAAUGGUGAAAUAUGUGAAAGACAAGAUAUUGGUAAAUAUUUCAAAAGCGACGAAAAAAUGCUAUUCGAGUUAAUUUUGGAUGCAACCUUACCUACUUGAAGAAAAAAAUUGAAGCAAAGUUGAGGUUAGAAAAUCAAAAGAUGUCUAAUAUAAUUUUUUGACACCCUAUCUCAUUUGGACAAAGCCUAGUUCAUUAUGAGUUGUUAAAUGUUGAAGACGACAAAUAUGUUGAACUCAUGUUUGAUGUUAAUAAACAGUGGCCACGACUCGGAUCUAUCGAGUUAUAUGUUACAUUUGAGGAUGGUAAUCCAUUAUACGAUGUUGGUCAACCAUCAUCCUCAACCACACCUGACCCUGAAUACCAUUUUCAAACACAAAACACUUAUUCUUUUCAAAAUUAUGAAUCUUACCAACCCGAACCAUACUUUGACCAGGUCGAAACAUUUGAACCUGAACCAUAUAUUCCAUUAGAUGAUAUGAACGAUUUUGAUCAACAAGAAAUAAGUGAAGAAGAAAUAUACUUUGAUGAAGACGAGGACAACAAAGAUGACAAUGACAAUGGUGACGAUCUAGAGUACAAUCCGCCAUUCCAUAUGCGUAACCUAAAUUUGGAUUAUGCUUACCAAUCCUCCGAAUUUGAUAUGCCAUCUAAUGAACCACCUCCAUUAGAUGCAUCUCUUGAGGUUGGAAUGAAGUUUAAUAGCAAACUAGGUUGUCAACUUGCAAUUAAGCAUUAUCACAUCAAACACUCCAUCAAUUACCGUGUAGUGAAAUCUGAUCAAUACAGGUAUGUAAUUAAAUGUGUGAAUCCACAAUGCUUGUUCAAAUGCAGGGCUUCAUUAAGUCAAAAAAGUAAGCAAUUGGUGAUUAGUCGUUUGAAGGGGCCCCACAAUUGCGCAAAUUCCUCUAUGUCACAGGAUCAUACCAAGCUUAACUCUAACAUCAUAUGCGAAAGCAUAAAGUCGCUUUUGAAAGAUGAUCCAUCAAUUAAAGUGAAGGUGAUCAUUGCACAUAUUCAGGAACGAUACAACUACACAAUCACCUAUAGAAAGGCAUGGAUGGCAAAGAACAAAGCUAGCUAAACAAUUUAUGGGAACUGGGAAAGGUCUUACAAUGACCUUCUAAUGUGGUUGUUGAUUAUGCAAAAAUUUCUUCGAGGAACUAUUGUGGAAAUGGAAGUAUCACUUGCAUAUUCUGAUAAUACUCUAUUACAGGGGUCAAAAAUUUUCAAACGACUAUUAUGGGCUUUCCCUCCGUGCAUAUCUGGGUUUAAAUUUUGUAAACCAUUUGUCUCUGUGGAUGGAACUUGGUUGUACGGAAAGUACAAAGGGA